AUGGUUUCACAAUCAAGCAGGACAACACCAAACGAACUUCUCGAACCGCAGCCAUCACAGCAACCGCGGAAAAAGGCAAAAAAGUCCUCGAACUGGGUAGCACAGGCUCGCUCUCGUGCCACCGGUACCCUUCGACGCACUCUGUUUGGACAGAAGUCGAAAUCAGCACGAGCGCGUGAUGCCGAGAGUAUCAUAGUUGAAGAAGACGAUGACUAUACACAAACAAAUUACGAUACGGUGAAAUCGCUGCCGGCAACCGGUCACUACGGCCGUAGCCGAGUCGGACACCACCUUCAUGUGGACGUCGAUGGCCAUUUGGCUCUAGUUCAGCCCACCGGACCCUCUAUGCCUCCGGUGAUUAUUCUGAAGCUGCCGAAACGACGUCAAAGCGCACAACCAAAUCGUAUUUCCCCCAUAGCACGGGCGCCACUAUACGAUCCGAUAUUUGACUUCCAAGCAUGGCACUCGGCACUUGAUCAGCAUUGCCAAGACGCAGUCUACUCAUUAUUUAUGAAGGCACAUAAAUGUUACGACCUGAUACCAACGUCCACGAAAUUGGUUGUGUUCGAUACGCAAUUGCCGGUAAGGAAAGCGUUCUUUGCUCUUGUAUACAACGGAGUUCGUGCAGCACCUUUAUGGGACAGUGAAAAACAACGUUUCAUCGGAAUGUUAACGAUCACUGAUUUCAUCAAGAUCCUUAUCAAGCAUUAUGAAUCCGGUAACAAUGAUGAGAAAUUGCGAGCGCUGGAGGAAGAGCAGAUUAGUCGCUGGAGAGAAUUAUUUGAAGCUGAUGGCAUACCGCCAUUGGUGACAAUCGAUCCUAAUGAAAGCCUGUAUCGAGCUGUACAAGUGCUUUGUGAGUCGAAAGUACAUCGACUACCGGUGAUGGAUAAGAAUACAGGGAAUAUCAGCUAUAUAAUUACGCACAAAAGGCUUAUCAAAUUUCUAUCUUUAUAUCUUCACGAUUUACCGCGACCAGCUUUCAUGGAGAGCACUCCGAAAGAGUUGGGAAUCGGUUCAUGGGGUGAUAUUGUCACCAUCCACGUUGACACACCACUUCAUGACGCCUUGGAUAUUUUCCUACGUAAUCGGGUCUCAGCGUUGCCUUUAGUGGAUGAGCAAGGACGGGUGAAAGAAUUCCUGAAUUUUUUGAAGGAUAUUGCCAGUGACAUACUCGUUGUUCAGGUUGUUGAUAUAUACGCUAAAUUCGAUGUGAUCAGUUUGGCAGCUGAGAAAUCGUACAAUCGACUCGACUGUACCGUUCAAGAGGCUUUAAAACAUCGUUCAGAGUGGUUCGAAGGCGUGCAAUGCUGUCUUGAAACGGAUUCGCUCUUUGUUGUGGUGGAGGCCAUAGUUCGAGCCGAAGUUCAUCGAUUAAUAAUGACUGAUGCAGACAAAAAGGUUUGUGUUGUUGGAAUUGUAUCGUUAUCGGAUAUACUGAAAUUCCUCGUAUUGGAUGGCGCCGAACUUAGCGGUGCAUUGUCAGCCCAACAAUCGCCACAUGUAUCGAUUGAUGAUAGUCCACCAAUAGAGGGAAUUCCAGAGGGUGUAGAAGACUAG